UUCUGCAUAGUUUACAACAGUGCACCAUGAGUAGAAAGAACACUACCAAUGCAUCUGGCUUCAUCCUCGUGGGGCUGACGGACUCUGCAGAGACACAGCUGGUCCUCUCCGUGCUCUUCCUCCUGAUUUACCUGAUCACGGUGCUGGGGAACAUGGGGAUGAUAUUGAUCAUUCACCUGGAUCCCCAGCUGCACACCCCCAUGUACUUUUUCCUCACUCACCUAUCAUUUAUCGACCUCAGCUACUCAAGUGUCUUCACCCCUAACACCUUACACAACUUACUGACUUCCAACAAGAGCAUCUCCUUCCUGGGCUGCUUCACCCAGAUGUUCUUUUUUAUCCUCUUGGCUGGCACUGAGUUUUUUCUUCUCUCCUCGAUGGCCUAUGAUCGCUAUGUAGCUAUCUGCAACCCUCUGCGCUAUCCAGUCGUUAUGUCCACAAGACUGUGCCAUACUCUGCUUGCUGGAUCCUAUGCUAUUGGAUUUCUUGAUUCUACUGUGACUGUGGUUUUCAUGAGCAAACUUCACUUUUGCCAGUAUAAUGUCAUCCAACACUUUUUCUGUGACUCAUCCCCUAUUUUAGCCCUGUCCUGCAGUGACACAUCCAAGGUAGAAAUCACUAUAUUCAUUUUUGCUGGAUCCACUAUAAUGCUGUCCCUCUUCACCAUAUCUGGAUCCUAUCUGUCCAUCCUCUCCACCAUCCUAAAAAUUAAUUCCACUGCUGGAAAGAAAAAAGCCUUCUCCACUUGUGCCUCCCACCUCCUGGGAGUCACCAUCUUCUACAGCACUAUGAUCUUCACUUAUCUAAAACCAAAGAUGUCCUACUCCUUGGGAAGGGAUCAGGUGGCUUCUGUGUUUUACACGAUUGUGAUCCCCAUGCUAAAUCCUCUCAUCUACAGUCUCAGAAACAAAGAGGUGAAAAGUGCUGCUGUUAGAAUCCUGCAGAAGAGAGAUGGCUUCAGGUGGUUGGUAUCCCAGUGGUGCUAA